UUGGGUGAGAUUCGUAGAACCCGAAUUUUCCUUAAUAUUAUAGUUUUCAGCACUAGCCGCAUCAGUCCCUCACACACUCUCGCAAAGCUUCCAGAUUUGGUUGAAAGAAACGAAAAUAUCUCGAAGAACACUGAGGCAACUAAAGCGAAAUCUGUUCAUUCGCAUUAUCGUGACAGCACGUUUGAACCAGAAAAUCCCUGGGGUAAUACGCUUGGAGGCCAGAAUCCUCUUUGCCAGCCGAUCCAGACAAGGCACCGGCGGUCGAAAGCGCCUGAAGCGAAUUGCAGUAGCGAUUCUCCAGCGAAAUCCAUUCCGGAAGAAGUUUUCAGGACACCUUGCUGGUCCCCAUCAAAAUGUUCAUCGAUUCUCUUUUCCACCCCGCCUGAGGGACCUUACAAGCCAUCUUUUUCCCUGGCGGGUGCAGACAACGAAGAGGACUUGCCACCCUCAGCAAAAACCAUCGUGUCAAAAAUAUGUGAGGUGACGCUGCCAAAUUCUGUUGUUGAAGCAUCCCCCAUACCUUCUCCUCACUCGUCGCCCGCUAAAAGUGUGCCUUUCAUCGACACGAUGCCCACCUCAGCACCGUCUGUGGAUGAUGGCGCUGAUGGCCGACUUUCAUCGCCAACUGAUGACAUCGGUUCUGAUUCUCUUGCAGCAGCGCAGGAGCCGUCGACAAGGAAUCGCUCAAGCAGCUUCACGAAACCUCGGUUCAGCCAUUUCAACAUGAAGGUAGGUCGUUGA